UAGCAUUUUCGUGGAAACGAUCAGAACUCCAGGAUCGGGUCCAUAGGUGACACCACGUCCUCCAGAUAAGUCAUUUCCGCGUUGAUUUCCGUAACGGCCCCACAAACAUUCACAUCCUCCCUCCACCUAUGUGGCACAUGUGACCACCGGUCCAAACUGUAGGACCGCUACGCUCCGAUUGGCCAGGAAGUCUCGAAUGAUCUGCUCGAAGUUCGCCCUGCCGGUGAUGGUGAAGGAGAGAGAACCCCUCCUAUCAGGGAGGACAAUGAGAGGAUGGUUUAUAUGAUGCUUGCCAGGCUAUUUGAACGAAUCUGCAUUGAACGGAGUCUGCUGAUGCGACUGGAGCCUGGAGACAACAGCCAGGAUCUGGGUUUUACCGUCUCUUUGCAUCCAGGUGUGAAGCUUUCUAGCAGACUGUUCCGUUAGCUGGUUUAAGUCAGAAGCAGCAGCAGAGAGGAUGGGAGGUGGAGGCCAACUGUCUGGGAGCGUGGAGCCUGGCAGCGGCAGAGAUUCAGGUGUUUUCACCUGGGAGGAGGUGCAGAAGCACAGCAGCAGGACCGAUCAAUGGCUGGUAAUCAAUCGAAAGGUUUAUAACAUCACUCAAUGGGUCAAAAGACACCCAGGAGGGUCUCGUGUCAUCAGUCACUAUGCUGGAGAAGAUGCCACGGAGGCAUUCACGGCUUUUCACCCUGAUCUAAAGUUUGUGCAAAAGUUUCUGAAGCCUCUGCUGAUUGGAGAGUUGGCACCAACAGAGCCCAGCCAAGACAGAAACAAAAAUGCUUCCAUCAUACAGGAUUUUGAGAAUUUAAGAGUUCAGGCAGAGAAGGAAGGUUUGUUCAAGACCAAGCCUUUGUUCUUCUGCCUCCAUUUGGGUCACAUCUUACUGCUGGAGGCCCUUGCGUGGCUAAUUGUCUGGAUAUGUGGGACUGGAUGGACAAUGACAUUUUUAUGCUCAAUCAUUUUGGCCACUGCUCAGUCACAGGCUGGGUGGUUGCAGCAUGACUUUGGUCACCUUUCUGUCUUUAGAAAGUCCAAAUGGAAUCAUCUGGUGCACAAGUUUGUCAUUGGACAUUUAAAGGGAGCUUCUGCCAGCUGGUGGAAUCACCGACAUUUUCAGCAUCACGCAAAACCCAACAUCUUCAGGAAGGACCCUGAUGUCAAUAUGCUGGACAUCUUUGUACUCGGAAACACUCAACCAGUGGAGUACGGAGUUAAAAAGAUUAAACGCAUGCCCUACAACCUCCAACACCAGUAUUUUUUUCUUUUGGGUCCACCUCUGCUCAUUCCAGUUUACUUCCACAUGCAGAUUAUGAAGACCAUGGUUCACCAUCGUCACUGGGUGGAUCUGGUUUGGUCUUUAUCCUACUACCUUCGCUUCUUCUGUAGUUAUAUACCCCUGUAUGGUGUGUUUGGCUCUUUUGCCCUCCUCACCUUUGUCAGGUUUUUGGAGAGCCACUGGUUUGUGUGGGUGACUCAGAUGAACCAUCUGCCAAUGGAGAUUGAGAACGAGAAGCACCAGGAUUGGGUGACGAUGCAGUUGCAGUCCACUUGUAACAUUGAACAGUCCUUCUUCAAUGACUGGUUCAGUGGACACCUCAAUUUUCAAAUUGAACACCAUUUGUUUCCUACGAUGCCCCGCCACAACUACCACCUGAUUGCCCCACACGUCCGUGUUCUGUGUAAGAAAUAUGGUAUUCCAUACCAGAUGAAGUCUUUAUGGCAAGGCAUGGUGGACGUUGUCAGGUCUCUGAAGACUUCGGGAGAGCUCUGGCUCGAUGCAUACCUACACAAAUAAUCGAAAAGAAAAUCGAAUGAAACAUCUGUUUGCAUUUUAAAAAAGAUUGUAUUUGUGUGGAUCCAGUUCAACAGUUUGGAUUCAUACUUUGUUUUCAAUGGAGUUUAAAUUAUAAAGUCUUUAGUUUUGUUAUGGACUGGAUCUGGGUUUUUGAUAUGAAUUUUCUGAGUAGGUAUUGGUAAAAUAAAGAAAACUUUUAAAACUGUGAAUUGGUUGAAAUUGUUUGCAUGAAACAUGUGUUAAGUUUAAUUUUUUUAAACAAACAAAAAAUACUGCAUUAAAUUGAAUUAGAAACAUUUUGUAAAUGUUUACAAUUGUAAUAAUAUUGAUUAAGUCGCAAACAACAGUUGGAUUAGUAAAAAGGUGAAAUGAACUUGUUCAUUAUUUUAGAAUUUCUCAAGUUUAACCUUUAAAGUUUAUUACUGUAAAGCUCCUUCUAGUGAACCCCUACAGAGUACAAUUAUUCUGUACUGUCAGAUGUUUGCUGUAAUAAAAAAAACUAUUUUGAGACUUGAA